AUGGAGGAUGACGACCAACCGCCCACAUUUGAAGAGUUGUUGUUGCUUGAAGAGUUGCUGGAAUCUGGACAGCUUUCUGAUGAUGACUUGUUAGAUGUUGAUAUCCCAACCAUGGAUUUUCUGUCAAUGGAGCAACAAAUGAAUCAGUUUCGUGAUGAUGAAGCUUCACAAGCAGAGGUAUGGUAUUUGAGUGAUGAUGAUAAUAAUGUUGAUUAUGAAGCUAUGCAUAAUGUUUAUGAUGAGCAUAUUCAUAGUGAUAUAAUUUCGUCUUACUUUCAAAACAUGCAACCAAGUGAAACCUCAAAUACUAACCGUAAUCAUGGAAAGAAAACAUUUGAGCUAAGUGACAAUCAAAGAGCAGUCAUGGUAGCCAAGCUCAUGUUAUUAGCCAAUAAAGACAUGACAUUACCAUGGGGUGUAGCGAAGAAGUUAGCUAAUGAAUAUGGUGUAGAUAAAAGCACAGUUCACAGAAUUUGGGGAAGGGCCAAGGAUCAAAUGCAACAAGAUGUUAUUGAUGUAAGAAGACAAAAAAAAGGAAGGGUUGGGAGGAAAGCAAGAGAGUUCACAGAGGAGGUUAUAAAGAAUGUCCCAAAACGACACAGGACCACGCUAAGGUCUUUUGCUAUUGCUUUACAAACCAGUCCAAGCACCAUUUACAGACUGCUGAAGAAGGGAAUUCUUAGACCUCAUACAAACAGCAUAAAACCAUCUGUUACAGCAGCACACAAGACUCAAAGGAUACAAUGGAUAUUGAGUAAAAUUAUUCCAAGAACUGUGCAUAGUGGUCCUAAAUUUAGCUCACUUUACAAUGUGAUACAUAUCGACGAGAAAUGGUUCUAUAUGAGCAGAAAAACCCAAAGAUACUACCUACUGGCAGGAGAAGAAGAACCAUACAGAGCAACUCAAAACAGCAAUUAUUUAGUCAAAGUCAUGUUUCUUUGUGGUAUUGCUAGACCUAUUAUAGGGUAUAAUGGUGAAGUUUUGUUUGAUGGGAAAUUGGGUAUUUUCCCAUUCACAGAGGAGGUUCCGGCCAAAAGAUCCAGUAAAAAUAGGGAAAGGGGAACAAUUGAAAUAAAAGCAAUAACAUCUGUCACAAAGGAAGUUAUUAGAAGGAAAAUUAUAGAUGAGCUGCUUCCAGCAAUCAGAAGCAAAUGGCCUUGGUUUGCUAGCAAAGAUAUCUUGAUUCAACAAGACAACGCUAGGCCACACAUCAAUCGAAAUGAUGCAGAGUUUUUAGAUGCUGCCACUCAAGAGGGGUUCAAUAUUCAACUUAUAUGCCAACCUCCACAAUCCCCAGACCUUAAUGUCCUUGACCUAGGGUUUUUCAGGGCUAUUCAAUCCCUUCAACACCAAAAGUUCCCAAGGGAUGUUGAAGCAUUAGUCAAGGCGGUUAAAGAAGCAUACGAAGCAUAUGACCCGAAGUUAAUAAACUACACAUGGCUGCAACUUCAAUAUGUGAUGCUUGAGAUAUUAGGUGUGAAAGGGGGUAAUAACUACAAAAGCCCUCACAAGGGGAAGGCUAAGAUGGACAAUCUUGGGUUAUUACCAGACACGGUUGAAGUGCCAGAUGACCUGCUAACUUCAAUUCGACAAUACAUGCAGGAGGGACAAAUCAAUAUCAACGAGUUUAGGCAGAGAGUGAAUGAGAUGGGAGUAAGAGUUGAAGACCCAUAUCAAAAUGGGAGGCACCAGUAA